UCUGCUUCUCCUUUUGUGAAAGAAGCCAAGAGUCUGAGACAGUUUGCUGGUUGGAUGAUUCCUGGUGGAUUGGAAUCAAGAUAACAAAAUGAGUGGUUGUUUGAAGAUAGGCCCGGGGUGCUGCUGUGGACUUAUGGGACAACAUUUUGAGUUCCUGGUUUCUCUUAAUUUUGGACUUUAAUAUCUCAGCAUUGGUGGAAAUGAAGAGUGCAUUAGCUGGAGAGCUAUAGCACCACUGCAUUGGGCCUCAUGGGAGGUCUGUCUCUAGUCCAAAGGGAGCUGCUUGCCUGGAGGCACCUUCCCCUAACCCAGCUUCGUGAUUCAGCUUUGUUAAGGUGCUGGGUAGCUAGGAUCUCACCAGAGUCCACUCAGCUCUCUUGUUGUUCUCUCUGUGAUUGCUCUUGCAGCAGAGUCCUUGUUCCUCAUUCCCUGUGGGAGGUAACCAAGAGCAUUAGGACCCCUGAGCAGUGGUCUGGCUGCACAGAAGGGAGCUCUUUGUCAAAAGGAGUGCCCAGAAGUCUCAAUCAGUUAAGACAAGACAUCAAAUGGACGUAACAAACAUGAUGGGAGGGAUGGAGAAAGGAAGAUGAGAGUAACAGCAAUACGAACAGGCUUAAUCACUAUGGAUAACAUACUGACCUUGGCCUGAUGUCAUUGAUACCUGUGGAUUUGUAUAACACCUUUUGAUCAUUGCAACUACUUGACAAUGAAUGGGAAGUCAUGCAGUAUGAGCCACCGGACCUCGGGUACUCCCCAUGGUCCUGGGAUGAUCAGCGGACAGCAAAUUCCACCUAUCAGAGUUCAUGCAGGAACACCCUGCCCAUCUUCAAAUAGCAGCACCCCAAGCCCAGCUAUUGGAAACUUGUCUACCAGCCUCCACUUGAAGAUGCCCCUUGGAGGAGGAGCAGUUCCUCAGAGCAACAUCACUGAUAGUAUCAUCCACCUCCCUGCUUUAAGUCCCAGGAGACAAAUGGUUACAAAUGGGAAGCCUUUAUUCCAAGUCCCACAGCCUCCAGGGCUGCCAGCACCACAGUCUUUAAAACCAAAGCAGCAGGAGUUUGGGAACACUUUCUCCCCAAGCACAAUUAAAGGAGGUCUUGGCUAUGGGCCUCGGGGCAAGUCCAUUGGAAAAGGCAGCUGCAACAAUCUAGUUGUCACCAGCAGUCCCAUGAUGGUUCAGCGACUGGGACCUAUAUCACCUCCUGCAAACCAGGUCUCAACAGCAUGCAACCAGAUCAGUCCUAGCUUACAGAGGGCUAUGAAUGCUUCAAACCUGAAUAUACCUCCAUCAGAUACAAGAUCCCUCAUGUCACGUGAGUCUCUGGCCUCUACAACAUUAAGCCUGUCAGAAAGUCAGUCAACACUGAGUGUGAAACAUGAGUGGUCUCAUGGGUACAGGAUUCUUCCUUCCCUUCCUUCCAACCAAGGAUCCCAAAAUGGCAGUGAGCUAGGGGACAUACUGAGUAUACCACCUGGAACAUCCAUGUCCAACAACAGUGUAUCUAACUCAUUACCCUCUUACUUGUUUGGUAUGGAAAAUAACCAUUCCCCUUACCCGAGCCCUCGCCAUUCUUCAACCAGAUCACAUUCAGCCCGCUCCAAAAAAAGGGCCCUCUCUCUGUCUCCUUUGUCUGAUGGCAUUGGGAUUGACUUCAAUACAAUCAUCCGUACAUCCCCAACCUCUCUGGUUGCCUACAUCAAUGGUUCAAGGACAUCGCCAGCAAACAUAUCCCCACAGCCUGAGGUCUAUGGGCAUUUCUUGGGAGUAAGAGGAAGCUGUAUUCCCCAGCCUUGCUCUAUUCCAAACACUCAGAAAGGUCUUCUUGUGGCUAACAGCAACAUCACCCUCCCAGGUUACAGUGAAAAUGGGACUGUGGAAUACGAGCGGAUGCAGCAGUUGGAACAAAGUAGCUUGCAGUCGGCAGUCAUGAACAACAUGGUGGUUCAACAAGGUAUGCCUCUGAUAGACAGACAGCCAAUGGGCAUGUUAAAAAGUGAACGUGUGGAUGAUUUUUCAAGCAGCACAAUUGACAUGCCUCCUCCUCCCCCUCUACCACCUCCUCCACCACAAGGUCCACCACCCCCUUACCAUGCACAUCAACACAGACAUCAGCAUGACCUCAUAAACCAUUCCCAUCAACUUGCCUUGCCUUCCUCUGCCCAGGGCCCUCUGUUGGAUGAGGAUGGUGAAUUAGAUGAUUUCAAUGGUAAACACUGCUGUCGCUGGAUAGAUUGCAGUGCUCUGUAUGACCAGCAAGAGGAACUUGUGCGGCACAUAGAAAAGGUUCAUAUAGACCAGAGAAAGGGAGAGGACUUCACUUGUUUCUGGGCAGGAUGCCCUCGAAGAUACAAGCCAUUUAAUGCCCGUUACAAACUGCUGAUUCACAUGAGAGUUCAUUCAGGAGAGAAGCCAAACAAAUGCACGUUUGAGGGCUGCAAGAAGGCCUUUUCCAGACUAGAAAAUCUCAAGAUUCAUUUACGAAGCCACACAGGAGAAAAGCCCUACCUUUGUCAGCAUCCAGGCUGUCAGAAAGCAUUCAGUAACUCCAGCGAUCGAGCCAAGCAUCAGAGGACACACUUGGACACUAAACCUUAUGCAUGUCAGAUUCCAGGAUGUACUAAGCGAUACACAGACCCAAGCUCCCUGAGAAAGCAUGUAAAGGCACAUUCUUCCAAAGACCAACAGGCCAGGAAAAAGUUGCGAUCAAGCUCAGAGCUUGACCAGGACAUCCUCAACGAUUGCCUCACUAUUCAGCCUCUCCAACCAGCCCCUUCACCACAUGAUGCUGCAGACAAUACCAUGGGACGAUCGCCAGGGCCUGUCCAUGACAUCUACACAGCUACAAUGUUCUCCAGUACUCACUCAAGUCGGAGUGGAACGGCUGCUGGGGGUGGUCCACCAUCACAUCCUGUCAGUCACCCUUCUCCAGCGCAUAAUGUACAUGGUAGUCCCUGCAACCCACCAUCCCAGUUACCUCCUCUCUCAGCUGUAGACUCGGGCACUGAAAGGUUUGCAGCUCCUGCUCAGUCUCCCCACCAUAUCAGCCCCAGGAGAAUUCCAGUUCCCCCUCCCAUGAUGCAGAGACGGACACCCCAGACUCCCCAUCUCCUGCAGACUGCAGGAACACAUCUGAAGACAUACCAGCCAAUAACAAACCCCUCUUUUCAACCAAACAGCAUCCACAUCCAAGGCUUUUAUGGGCAACUACAGACUUUCUGCCCUCCACAUUACACUGACACUCAGAGGAACAUACAACAUGGCGGCUCUUGUAAUAUGGUCCCUCCUUUUGAAGACUGUCUAGUUCCCACAUCAAUGGGCCAGGCAGGGUUUGAUGUUUUCCACAGAGCUUUUUCAGCACAUUCUGGUAUUACAGUUUAUGAUCUUCCAUCAGGGUCAACAGGUAUCUUUGGUGAUUCAUUGCGCAAUGGGUCUGAGGACACCAGUUUCCUUCAGAUAAAUGCAGUGGAUCGUUGUCCUAGCCAGCUUUCCUCUGUCUAUACGGAAGGCUAAAGUGAUCUAAUUAUAAUCACAAAUACUCUAUUGCGUAUCAUCUUUCCUUUCUGAUAGUCAGGAACAAAUGUUACAAAUAUCAUUCCUCCAUAAGACUGCUGUAUGUAUGUUUCAGAAAGAGGAGGAGGUGCAAUCAUCAGACACUCAACCUCACAAAAACAGCCAAUCAAAGGGGGAAAUGUUGGUAAAACUAGAAAACUUUGCCAAAACUUUAGCAAUUGUUACUUUUCUUUUAAUCUGCUGCAUGGCAGCACUAUUUUUUUUCAAAGGGAAUUCAAAUACAGUACUGAAUAAGAAACCUGCUGCUGGCUGUAAUCUUUUAAAGCCGAAUCGGCAAAAUCACUUAA